AUGUCUGACGAAGAGGUGAAAUUGUUAGCGCAUAAACGUGGGCAAGUGAAAGCGAAGGUGACGCGUUUAAGAAACUCGCUUAAAGCUGCCGAUGAAGAACCCACGAAUUUUUCCAUGCCUCAGCUCAGAGUGUUCUCGAAAAAUCUUGAAAACCAUUACCGUGAAUUUAAUGAAGUGCAUGAUGCUCUCAUUAGUGCCUGUGUUCCUAAUCAGAGAGAUAGCCAAGAUAAAAAAUACGAAGAAUUCGAAGUUUUAUACAAUGAAACAUGUGUAGUGAUCGAAACAUUGAAGGAUAAUUUGUCUGCAACUCCAGCCGCUAUUCCUGAUCAAGCAGGAGGAACACAAGUAAUUGUGCAACAGCAAGCAUUAAGGGCCCCCUUGCCUACGUUUAAUGGGGAGUAUGAAAAUUGGCCUCGCUUCAAGUCAAUGUUUCAAGAUUUAAUGCGAAGAUCAGCUGAUUGUGAUGCCAUCAAAUUGUACCACUUGGAAAAAUCGUUGGUCGGUGCUGCUGCUGGUGUAAUUGGUUCCCAAACCAUCCAAGAUAACAAUUAUGAACAGGCAUGGAAUAUUCUGGAAGAAAGGUAUGAAAAUGAGCGGCUAAUUAUUGACUCCCAUAUUCGUGGUCUUCUUAACCUGAAAAGAAUGACUAAAAAAUCAUCUAAAGAGCUUCGGGAACUGUUAGAUGAAUGCUGCCGCCAUGUCGAUAGUCUAAAGUUUCUGAAACAAGAACUAACCGGAGUGUCCGAAUUGGUUAUCAUCAACGUGCUGACUAAUGCGCUAGACAAGGAAACGCGUGAGCAUUGGGAAUCAUCUUUAACGCAUGGACAGCUGCCAAGCUACAGUAACACUAUCGAGUGUUUGAGAAGUCGAUGUCUUGUUCUUGAAAGGUGUGAGACGGCUAAUCCUUCAUCAGUGCCAGUCAAACCUACCGUGUCUGGUAAGAUGAAUUUGUUCCCGAAGCAAUUCCACAAAACAGCGCAUGCCGUCACGUCUGCUGUUGCAGUAACAUGCGAGCUGUGUGGGGGACAGCACCCUAAUUUCAAAUGUGGUAUUUUCCGUGAUAUGACGAUUGCACAACGAAUCUCCAAAGUGAAGGAAGCGAAACUGUGUUUCAUUUGCCUCCGCAAAGGCCACCGUAGCAACACGUGCCAGUCCGAAAAGGUAUGCGUAAAGUGCGCCCAGAAACAUCACACUUUGUUACACAUAGAAAAAAGUGAUUAUGCUAUUGAGUCUUCUGAAUCGUCGUCAAUAUUAAACAACACUUCUCCCCGAGAUCGUGCCAGCUCUGUGCCAGUUCCAGCUUCGAACGCAUUGGUUAAUCAAGUUUCCAGUUCCCAUCAGAAUCGUUCCAUUUCGAAGGAAGUAUUUUUGCUAACAGCCGUUGUCCAGCUAGUGGAUGAAAGUGGUUGCACCCAUCGUUGUCGUGCGUUGUUGGAUUGUGCGUCACAAGUUUGCCUCAUCUCUCAGGAUAUGGCCGAUAAACUUGAGAAACGAUCUUGGUCAACUAACACUGAGGUAAACGGUGUGACAGGAAAAAGUUGUGCCAACAAAGGUAUAAUGGUUACUGUGGCCUCUAGCUACAGUGAGUAUAAUUUGGAUGUACCAUGCCUUGUGCUGCCUAAAGUUAGUGGAAUGAUUCCUACAAGAAAGAUUAAUAUCAAAAAAUGGCAUCUCCCAGCCAACAUAGAAUUGGCUGACCCUGAGUUCUUUUUACCAAACCGCAUUGAUCUUCUCAUCGGGAAUCAAUUCUUUUUCCGUCUCCUCAAAUCGGGUCAAUUAAGGAUUUCCGACAAUUUACCCAUUCUCCAAGAAACCGUCUUUGGGUGGGUGGUUGCCGGUGCAGCUGAUGUUCCUGAACAUCAUUUUGUAUUCUCUCACGUGAUCACCGAAGAAGAUUUGGCUGCUUCAAUUCACAAGUUUUGGGCCAUCGAAGAAGUAAUUAACCCGUCGUUUCCAUCCGUCGAAGAGCAACAAGUGGAAGAGCAUUUCGUGAAAACCCAUCGCCGCAACGAAACAGGUCGUUUCGUCGUACGUCUUCCAUUUCGAGACUCUGUAAGUCAUCUUGAUACCAAUCGUGCCUUAGCGUUGAAACGGUUUUAUCUACUCGAGAAACGUUUAAGCCGCCACCCUGAACUAAAACAACAGUAUGUAUCAUUUAUUAAUGAAUACGAAACACUUGGCCAUUGCCACGAGAUUUUUGAAGAGAACGAUGCAGCUGGAUCACAGUGUUAUUUCAUGCCUCACCAUGCUGUAUUAAAACCAACCAGCACAAGCACUAAACUGCGUGUGGUGUUUGAUGCCUCCGCCCGAUCAUCAAAGUUAUGUUUGAAUGACGUCCUUCAAGUAGGUCCGACCGUUCAGAAUGAUCUGUUCUCCAUUCUUUUCCAAUUUCGCCGACAUCGUUUUGCCUUUUCCGCUGAUAUUGCCAAAAUGUACCGGCAAAUUUUGGUUGAUGAUCGCGAUAGCCGCUUCCAGCGAAUAUUUUGGAGAAACCAACCUUCCGAGCCGUUGCGCAUACUCGAACUCACAACAGUGACCUAUGGCACAGCGUCGGCUCCGUUUUUAGCAACAAGAUCUCUUGUACAAUUGGCUGAAGAUGAGCAAUCUGAAUUUCCUGAUGCCGCAAAAGUAGUUCGUGAAGACUUUUAUAUUGACGAUGUCCUUUCUGGAGCCAAUACUGAAUCAGAGGCCAUUAGCCUCAGGAAGGACUUGCAGAAAAUACUAGCCAAAGGAGGAUUCGAUAUUAGGAAAUGGUGUUCAAAUUCAGAAGUAAUGCUCGCUGAAAUACCUGAGGGUGAAAGAGAAAAACUGCUGCAGAUUGAUGAUGCCAAUAAUACAGUUAAGACACUGGGAUUACAGUGGGAUACUAGCAACGAUCAGUUUCGAUAUUUCUUCCAGUCAGUUGAGUAUAAUGUUCCUGUGCCAAUCACCAAACGAUAUGUGCUUUCACAGAUUUCCAAAUUAUUUGAUCCGCUUGGCUUUGUGUCACCAGUAAUAGUAAAAGCCAAGGUGCUAAUGCAAACGUUGUGGUCCCGCAAGCUUGAGUGGGACGAGACCCUUCCAGAUGAUUUGCUUUUGCAAUGGCGUAUUUUGUACAAUUCUUUGCGUUUCCUAAACCAAAUAAAAGUGCCAAGAUGUAUUAUACCGUAUCAUGCCGAUACAUUAGAAGUUCACGGUUUUGCCGAUGCUUCGUUAUCAGCUUAUGGAGCUUGUUUAUAUUUGCGUGCUACCGGUGUAGAAGCCAAAUGUAAUCUCCUCAUUCAAUUCUGCUACCUUGCCAUCGCUGGAUACCGUCGAACGUACAGUGCCAGCUGCAUCCACAGCAGCGUAGUGCAUACGGAGGAACGGGCCUCAGCCCAGCUUCGUUUCCUUUCACCAAGCAGUGAUCCAUCCGGAUUCGAAUCGAGCACAAAAGAUUCCAAUCCAGAAUCCGGAAAAUUUCAUUUCUGA